AUGUCAUAUCGUCUGCUUUUGAAGGAUUUCAACCCAGGUGAUGCUGAAGGAACCUGCAUUCUUUGUGAAAGAAAAUUUAUAUUGAAGCGUUGAGUUUCUCUUCAAAGUAUCUUUUGAAUUGUUCACCUAGAUGGCACAAGUCAGGUUAUCCGUCAUUUCAAAAAAAUCCACCCGGAAGAUCACCGGCUUUUGCUCGGCUCUCAAGAGUUUGACCAGGUUGUCAGUGAGCCUCCGAAAAAGAUGAAUCGACCUUCCAGUAAAGGUUAGUGGACUUCAGGACUUUUGUAAGAAAGGAAAUUGGAGGAACCAUCAUGGAUCUACCCACGUUGAUUUCCAGAAAUUUGGCUCGUUUUCUCUCCACUUCUCUAUCCAACUUCUCUGCUUUGGAAAACGUUCACUUGCUGGGUAAAUUUUCGAAAUAAAGAAAGGAAUUUCGAAAAGUCAUUUGGACACUUUCAAAUUUUUUGUUUUGUGAAGAGGCGUUCAACCUUGCUUCAUCGGGGAGCUAUAAGUUGCCCAAUCAACGCGAAAUGAUGAAACUUUUGCGGAAAAUGGCCAAUGAUCAUCUUCACUACGUCAGAAACACGAUUUCGCUCAUUCCCGAAGAACAAAGGGUAAUUCUCGCAUCAAAGCUCACGUUCUAAAAUCUGUUAUUUGGGUUUCUUUGACAGUGGAUGUCUGGAAGAGCUGCCAAGGAACGAAAAAUUUGAUCUCCGUGACAUCUCAUUUCAUCCUUGAAGCAUUUCAGAGGACCAAUUUGGUGUGUCCAUUACUCUAUUAUUUCUUAAUGUGGCCUUUUUUUAGCUGUUAGGGGUGGUUUCUCUGCCAAACGGCGUUCAACCAAGCGUUGAAAACUGCUCAAUAGUUUUGAAUGAAAUCGUCGGAAGAUGUGGAAUCUCUUCAUCUCAAAUCGGCUUUAUCACCAGCACCUAUGAGUUCCUUCUACCUGAAACCUUCAAAGCUCACAAUAUUCCGAGGUUCUCAAUUUUCCUCACGCUCAAUGAUAAUUAGAAAUAUCAAACUAAAUAACGACUUCUUUCAGAAUUCCUUGCUGGCAGCGAUUUGUGGGCAGGAUAUUCACAGAUCUUCUCACUCCUUUCAAUCAAUUUGUGGAGAAAUGUAUGAAGACUCUCUUUGUCUUAAAUCAAACAAAUCGAAUAAGAGACCUCCCGGAAUCGUGAGUUCCCCUCGUCCAAGACUCGAACCUUGAUCAGACUUGCUAAGCAGAAUGAAGUUCUUGUUAACUUGCCGCCGCAAUCCGAAGCUCACGAUUGGCAAAGAGUUUUUGUUUUGUUCCGUGCUUUGAACUCAAAUGUAGGUUUUGUGAUCAAAAAACAUUGUCAAGUUUGGUUUUUUUUUUCAGAACAAAUUCCUGAAAAGCAUGGAAAGGGAUAACUUGACAUCUUUUACGCAACACGAAUGUCUGCAGAUUUCUUUCCUCUGUAAACUCUUGGAAAGUUAUGCGAACGCGAUGGAUAAGGUGAAAAGAAGCUCCUUACAAGGGAAUCGUUUUCAGCUCCCGAUUAAACUUACUAGGGACAAGUUUGGAGUUGAAAACUUUUGUGGCUUUCUAGGUAAGAUCUCUUAGAAUCAAGUUUUCCGUAAACCACAUAGGCUUAUGAGAAAAGGCUUUUCAAAGAAACUGAAAAUAACUUUUAAUCACUCUUUUAAUUUUUUUAGAAAAAAAAUGCAAUUGAAUCAGAAGACAGAUUUUUUUGUCAAUUUUAUGACAUAAGAAGUGUUUUGUCUUUAGGAAAAAUGCGAAAAAAUAUUUUCCCUCGACAAGAAUCGAACCUACUCGAAAAGUUAAUUAUAUGACUAUCCUUAUAACCACUGCGCCAGGUCAUCUCGUUGAGAGAGAAGGUCCAGGCGCGUGCAGAAAAAUUCUGGGAUUUAUUUGAGAAGCUUUUUCUCAAAAGCCUGUGUGGUUUAACGGAUGAUCUCUCGUUUCUGAAAGCUCUUAGCAAAGUCUGAAAGCCGCCGUAGUUUCAACUUGAUACGCGUACCUGGGCCUGAGUAGUUCCCUAGUUAGAAGAAAAAGGGCCGAACUGUACUUCAGAACCGUUGACAUCUAGAAAUAAAACAAGAGGAGACAUUCUUAAAUAUAUCUUGUAAGAAGUUUUAUGCGCCCAAACCACCUCAAGAUUUAAUGAUAUUAAAUUUUCCUUCAUACGAUGUUUUUGUUUUCUUGACCCACGAUUCAAAAAAGAGACAGAAAAGCGCAAAAAUUAGCGCAAUUUUGACCGCUUCGUAUGCCGCGACGCGGCCACAGGGCCUUCAAAAGCGGCUUGCCAGCUUAACUUUAAAUGAAUCAAGUGCUUCAAACAACGAGUUUGUUCCAUUGUUUGUGCAGUUUGCAAAAAGUCCCCGAAAAACCUACCAAGUAAUUGUUACAUGUUCCGUAAUUUAGUUUAGGAGGCUCUGAAGUUCACAUCAGCCAAGUUUCAUUAACAUUCCAAAAGCGUGCUGAAAACAUUUACCUUGUUAGUAAUGUUCGCGUUGCUUUCUUUUGACUUUUUCGAGCAUCUUUUGUCAACAGGUGGCUCCGGAAAACGCUUCACUCAGUAUAUUCCUACCGGCUAUCUCAAAAAUCCGCUUUGGCCUACAAGCUGUGAGCAGUCUUCUGAAAGAUACGUCCUGUGAACUUCACCCUUUCUCCGCCGAAGUUGAUCACUUCCUUCAAAUCUUUUGCGAGAGGUUGUUGAUCAGACGCCGUUUCAGACGUAGCAAACUGACUCUAGAACCGAAAAGGUCAAAGAUCUGCCGUUGUUGCGGUUCGCAGUGUUGCUCGAUCCUCGGUUCGCUUUUUCAACCUUAUUCAGCCCCAAAGAGUGGACUGAAGUCUGCGAGCUUUUCUCACAACGCUAUGGGAAUGAAGGUUAAUAAUUUUAAUCUUUUUCUCUUUUUUGAUACUGUACCUUUUUAGACGACCUUUUUGAACUUUUGAAACAACCGAAAAUAGAGGUAGAUGAGGAAACGGUUGCUUUCGAACUUGCUUCAGAGAAGAAUCUGAAGACAAGUUCUUUUUCGGUUGGUUUUUUCGCCACUUUAAAGAUUCGACUUUCAAAAAUCUUUGAUUUGCACUCAGAUGGAUGAACUGCACAGUUACAAAGCUCUUAUUGAAUGUGGAAACCGUUUGGCUCCCACCGACUGCCCUUUUUCGUGGUGGAACGACCAUUCCGGUCAAUUCCCAGGACUUUCUGCUGUGGCCAAAGAGUUCCUCGCUAUUCCUCCUAGCGCCAUUAAUUCCGAACGAGUCUUUGAGUUCGUAGAAACUUUUUUUUAUUAAAUGUCCUUUUCUGAAUGUUCUAGUCUUUAGGGAUGAAGAUUUGAACAUCAGUGACUUAAAGUCAAGAAAAUUAAUCGAUGUGAGUACAUGCCGUUGCAGAAAGUGCGCUUUGCUCUCGCGCGACUCUUCGGAGUGGCCGAACUCCGCGAGCACAGUCGAGUCCAUGUUGCUGAUCUCGCGAGAGCAUGAUGACGACGUCAGGUGAGGCUAUUCUUCUGAACUUUCAAUGUGAAGGUGUUCAGAAGCCAACAUCUCGUCGACAGUCAACCGACUCUACGGCCCGAAAGCGAAGACGAAGCCGAUGAAGAAGAAUGUAUAUUUCUCUCACGAAUACAUUAUCACUGAUCUCUAAAUUCUCAGAGAAGCUUCUAGACGAGAGCUUCUGACCCCCCUUCUUCAGAAAGCUCUUGAAGUUUUAUUCAAAUAUUUUUUUAACUUCUCAUAGCAAUACGAAAUUCACAUAUCAUGCAACAAUUUUAGCGGUUUUUUUAAAUCGGGUCAUGUUGAUAAUCCCUAAUUCAUUGUUUUUGUUUCUUAUGUUUUUUUGGUAAUUAAUAAUAACCUAUUUAGUUUAAAGAAAAGCUAUAAAUGAACUACCAUGUAAGGUCGUACUCGAAUAAGAAGUUUCCGUUUUUGGGAAUUCUUAUAGAAAUUCAAAGAAAAGACCCUCGCUGAAAUCUUGGGGGCAAUGUAUCCAGACGGCCUUGCCAGUCGUCUGAAACCCAACCAAAUCAAAUGUUUGAUUGCCCGAAGUGUGAAUUCGAAUUCAUGGGACCUGACAAAUGGUUUGAAGAGCGAGAGAGCACUGGAAGUGGAGAGAGCCAUUGCACGCUCCGCUCAUUAA